AUGGCAGACGAAAGAGACGAUACAAUUAUUUACGAUGAAUGCGCGGACGACUUAUCUGACGUUCCGGUCGACUUGGUCGAUUUGGAAGAAGACAAUGGAUAUGAAAAAAAUGAAAGUGAAGCAGAAUCGUCGGAAGAUAGUGAAAUUCCUACAAGAAGACUUCGGCGAACGUUACGGUUACCAAGUGAUUCGGACGAAUCAGACGAAGAAGACACAAUGAAACCAACAAGUACUACAGUCAAAAUUGCAACAGAAGGAAACUGGAUAAAAAAAAAUGCCAAAUUUGUAGACGUUACGGCACCCGAACUUAGAAAAUGGUUUGGGCUUGCUAUACUUAUGGGUAUUGUAAAAAAAGCAAGGAUCGAUGAUUAUUGGUCAACGAAUCCGUUGAUAGAUACACCGAUAUUUCGCAAAACGAUGUCCCGCAACCGAUUCAGACAAAUAUUAUCAUUUUCACAUUUUUCCGAUAACAACAAUACACCGGAUAAUGCCGACCGACUUUUCAAAGUGCAAUUCGUGAUUGAUUAUUUUUCUAAAAAGUUUAAAGAAAAGUUUAAUCUAAGUCAAAACAUUUCAAUUGAUGAAGGAAUGAUACCGUGGCGUGGACGGUUAAAUUUUAAAGUUUACAAUCCGUCGAAAAUAACGAAAUAUGGCAUUCUCAUUCGGAUGCUGUGUGAUUCGAUUACGGGAUACAUAUCCUCAUUCAAGAUAUACUCCGGCGUUGGACAGCCUUUAACUAAAACAGUGAUGGAUCUGUUGGCACCUUCUUAUGGAAAGUGGCAUCACCUCUACAUGGAUAAUUAUUACAACAGUGUAGAACCUGCAGGGAUUUUACUUGAAAAGAAAAUUCGAGUUUGUGGAACAAUACGACAAAACAGAGGAUUUCCGGAAAAAUUAAAACGCGAUGUCAAUGUAUUUGAAGCUCGUCAUCAACGGAAAGGUGAAGUACUCGCAGAAGUAUGGAGAGCUUCGAAAACUAAAACGAUACGAAUGAUCUCUACAAUACACAGUGCCACUUUGACUAACAUUCAAACAAAAUGUAGAAAAACCAAUUACACAACAAAAAAACCUGAAAGCGUUUUAGACUACAACAAAUAUGUGAAAGGAGUGGAUCGGGCAGACCAAUAUUUUAGUUAUUAUCCUAUAUACAAGAAAACUAUAAAAUGGUCAAAGAAGGUUUGCAUGUACCUGUUUAAUUGC